CCCUUGGGACUCCGACCAUCCUGGACAUUUUCCUUCCACUUCUCGCUCUUCCUCGCACUCACAGCUUUAGCUCUCGCAUUUGGAGGGACGAUGACUUUCUACGAUGACAUUUACCCAUUCUACCCACUACAAAGGACCCCGUUCAUCUUCAGCACCAGUCUGCUUACUGUCAUCUUGGUGUUCCUGGUGCUCACUGUCGGCUUCCUCCUCAUUGUGCCAGGAAUACGUGGCAAAUCGCGGAUUCUCUGGACAUUCAGGAUACUCAUUAGCUUAUUUAUUGGAGCUGUUAUAGUUGCUCUGAACUUCACUAGUGAUUGGGCUGAGGCAAGUUUGAGGGCGAACACCACAUACAAAUCCUUCAGUAAUGUUAUGGUGAACGCCGAGGUGGGGCUGCAUGUCGGCCUGUAUGGAAUUAACAUCACACUCAGAGGAGAUCCUGUGGUACAGUUCAACGAGACCAUAGACUACAAUGAAAUGUUCGUAUGGACCAGCAGCGUAGAUGAGGAGUAUGAGAAUGCUUUGAAUAAAGGUCUUCCCAACCCCAUACUGUACAUUGCUGAGAAGUUCACCCUUAAUAGCCCCUGUGGCCUCAUCUACCAGUACCGGUACUCAGGAAGAUACGCCUCAGCCACCCUCUGGACGGCUUUUUGCUGCUGGCUGUUGGCCAACAUCCUCUUCUCAAUGCCCGUCAUCCUCUAUGCUGGCUGCAUGAUGGCUACCACGGCAGCUUUUAUCUUCUUCUCCUUGGCCUCCUUCUCUACGAUAUACAACCUUCCACAGUGCACCUUCACUAUAGGAACAGAAUCCUUUGAGACAGAUUUCAGUGCUUCAUUUUGGCUCGCUUUAGCUACUGGUUUAUUGUGUGCACUGAUUGGCAUAGUAGUGAUAGUACUAGACUGGCUGUUCCCAGAAAAGAUGAGGGAAGCAUUCAGUGUCGGCGUGGACAGCGAUGAUGAUGAUGAUGUUUACUCUGAAAAGGGCUACCUCAAUGCUGGCUUCCUUGAAGGAGUGAGUUUGGAUGGUGUUAUUGUGAAAGGAACAGGCAAAGAACCACAGCAGAUCUCCACCUUAACCGUAAGGUUUCUGUUCUCUCAGCAAAUAAUUAUUUGAACAGUUAUUGUCAUUAAUAAUGCACAAUGACUCAAUAAUGCUGAAUGAAAUGAUUGCAUUUUUAAUCUCCACAGAAAUUAUGAGAAACAACC